UCACGUCUGUUCUAACUUCUAUAUCAUAUGUUGUUGUUUUGACUUUUAAAACCAUAUCAAGGUGUCAACUGGUUCACUAACUUCACUUUACCGCAAACAAAUCGCUGUCUCAAAAUGCCACGCCCUAAAGAGGAUAUAUUUUCUAAGAACGUUGAGAAGACUGUUGGUCAAGUCAAGAGGUGUGCCUUCUCGGUGCUGAAGUAUGUCGCGGAUGAUGACCUUAAAAGCAAGCAUUUAUCCGACCUUGAGCAAGUCUUAGUGAUGUGCGUAGAAGCAAAGCACUCUGUAGCUAUCUCUCGGGAAGCAGCCAAGGAAGCAGAAGGAAGAGCAAAGGAUGACACGAAUGAUGAAUCAGAUGUAGAAAAAUAUGAAGAGGCCUACCUAGAGAACCUCGAGGAACUGAAGCAAGACAUAAAUAUGCAGACAGUUAUAAAUAAGGACCCUAAUGUGAUGGCAUUUAGAAAACAAUUAAUGGCACAAGUUGUUCCAGCAAUGGUUACCAGAGAUGAAGAUUUGGUAACAACACAAGAGACUAUCAACUAUAUAGACCCCAUCAGCAAGAAGACCAUAACAGAUCCUGUUCGCAACAUACACUGUGGUCAUGUUUAUGAUAGAGCAUCAGUAAUCAGCAUGAUCCAAGGGAAUAAACGUAAAGGUUUCCGAUGCCCAAGCAUGGGAUGUGCGUAUCGUGUACGUCUUGCUGUCACUGACUUAGAGGAUGCUCUUGAUGUAAAACGAAACCUGUUACUCCAGGCGGCCUCAGGGAAGAUGUAGGAGAAUAAUGGGAAUACUGUAUGUCUGUCUUUAUCUUACUGUAGACCAUUGGUGACUUCUAGUAUAAUUGAGGGCCUCCGAAGCACAAGGCUGCAAGCGCCACCACGGGGGAAAUUGAGUUACUGGUACCAACAUAUUUUCUAAGUUGAGUUGUGUCUUGUGGAGCUUGGAUUUGCAGCCUUGUGUUACUCUUCACAUGGUCAAAAAAGCACUGACAUACAUUGGUUUGUGUACCUAAAAGGACCAUGUUCAACGCUCAUUCAUCACACAAGGCCGCAAGUCUCGCCCCACCACACCGAAUCCCUUUAACUGACAUAGCAGCCAAUGACAGGUGUGCGUCACCCACCACACCUCCCAGCUGAACAAAUGACACAGCGAGUAGACCUGCUUCGGCUAAUGGGUGUGCAUCUGUGGUACCUGGGCCGCGAUGUAUGACACUCGUACACAAAACUUUUACAACAAGUAUCUUCAAAAUAAAACAAACCCCACCUCAAUAUCUUUAUUGGUUGUGGAGUAACAAACAAAAAACUUUAGGGGCUUGUUUCUCACUUUUUAAAAAAUGGCGCUUGCGGCCUUGUGAUUCAAAGGCCCUCAAUAAUCAAACAAUCUUUCAGGGUUUUUUCUAGUAAAGAUACAGGGUUACAAACGGGUUCUUCCUGAGGACGUUCAUAAGUCGGAACACAUGCUAUGUGCAUACCGUACUUACAGACCAAUGUUUAAAAUCCCACUUAUAUCAUAGCCCAAGUCCUUAUAUAAAUCUAAAAUCAAUUAAUUUAAGAGCAAAGAAGAAAUAGAAUGACAAAAUACAGUAAAUGAAAGUAAAAAAUAAGUCAUCAGGUAAAUAAAAUACUGUACUGUAAAUUAAAAGAUUAGCCCCGUUCAUACCGGCAGGCGUUUGUAAGUCCGGGACCCUCUGUACUGAACACAAAUGCAAGAUACUCAUCAUUUGUAUAUCUGCUGGCACCAUCAGAAUUUGAAGAUAUAAAAUAACAUAUGUUCUAUAGGACCCAUAGCUACAUAAGAAAUAGUUGGAGGAUUAAAAUACCACUCAUUUGUAUUAGAGAAUACAGUACUGUAGUUAUGCUCAUUGAAGCUGAUGCAUUUGUAAAGUGACAGAUGGUACAAGGAACAUGUGUUAAGCUUGCAAACACUAAGAAGAAAAUCUGAAAUGUUUUUGGCAUGUAGUAUUAGUUGGUGAUAACAUUUCAUUUCGGAGGAUAUUAUAAGAAAUAUUAAUGAUAAUUUUUUUUAGAAAGACCAGGGUUUUAGAGCAUGAAGCAUCAGACUCAAUAAAUUACAGUAAAACUUUAGUAGAUUAUUAUGUAACUAAAUUACUCGGUAUAUUAUUCUUGGAAGUUCAUGUUUCAUAUUUCUUAAGUAAAAUACUGUAGUUUGUACAAAACAGUGAAACAGUAAACAAAGAUAUGUCCAAUUGGGCUAUACUGUAUAUGUA